AUGACCGAACAGGUUGAGAGCGCUGGCAAAACUGCUGGUCCCCAUGAUGAAGUACAAGAUCUGCCUAAAAAAUUUGCCCAACCUUAUCAUCAUGUAAAUGAGGAUGCAAGAUUGAGCUUGGAAAAAUCCCAUGUUAUUAUCGGUGUGCCUAGUGGUGCCGGAAAGACUAUUGCAACUGCUUUGUGUCUCAUUUACACGGACUCACGAAAUGCAUCAAGAUCCCGUUGGUUCAAGUUCAAGGAUUACGACCGAGUUACCAAGCAGAAAAUAGCAGUUUCAUUACAACUUGUUCCAGUUGAACCACGCGUCAUCGUUCUGUGUGCCACUGCUCCUCUCGUUUCGAAGCAUUUCCUGAAUUAUAGUGCAUGCCUCUCUGAUGAAGCUUCAAGUCUGGGGAAGAAAGAUAUUCAAGUAGGAGUCUGCUGCGGCUCUUUUCCUUCAGCUUCAGGCCAAGCAGAUGAUAUAUGCAAACGCAAGGUCGAUAUUAUCAUCGCGACUCCAGGAAGACUCAUGUCCUUUAUUCGACGGAAAAUGAUAUCGCUCAGCAAGCUGACGCAUUUGGUGAUCGAUGAAGCGCAUUGCUUCCUGCCAGGUGGCAGACGCCAGGAGAAGUGGAAUAAUGAGUUGACCGGUGAACGCGGACUCUACUCAUACAUGAAAUGCCAAUGUUACAAUUCCGAUCCUAUGAUUGUUCUCAUUUCUCCCUUCAAUCUAAUGGAAAUGGCUGGUGUCAUGACUUUAUGCGAAAUCGAUGAUGUUAUAAAAAUCGAAUUGGAAGGUCUGAAGAACAAACCUUUGAGAGGAGACGCGACGAGUAGGAUCCGACAUGCCAUUCACAUAAUCAAAGGUCCUGCCAAGGAUGCCCGAUCUCAAUUCGAUCACAUCUCCAAAUUUGUCGACAGUGCAUUCGAUCAUUCAAAUGGUGCUGUGAAGCGUGUAGUGAUCUUUGUUUCAUCCAAGGAGACUGUAGAGCACAUGCAGGCUUUCUUUGCGCGCAAUGAUAUUGGCGCCCCAACUCCUCAUACCAGACAUAUGAGAGACUCCAGAGGCCGCCUAUUGGUUCCAUUGCACGGAGGCUUAGUCAAAUAUCAGGAAAAUAUCGACUUGCUCAUUACCAACCAAUCCUCCAAGACGUCUCAAGAACCUAUAGUUAUCAUCGCUACAGAUGGCUUAAGUGCUGGUAUUAAUCUCCAUGUAGACCUGGUCAUUCAAGCAGAGCCACCAGGAGGCUUGAGAGAGAAAAUCAGCAUCGAUGCUGGGUUUCAAAUCACCAUUAAUCGAAGCGAAAGAGCUGGGAGAAAGGGCUUUCGGGGGUUGCACGUUGUCCUCUACUACUGCGAAAACCUCGACAGUCAACUUCACGCUGGAAUGUUGUGUCAGAUGAUGGAUUACCAUGGUAACACGGAGGACAUACAUCAAAUCCGUGAGCAUGCUCUGCUCUCUCCAGAUGAUAUCAAGCCUGUAUUCACUGAAGAGGUUCAAAGUGGCGAUGCUACUGUUGAAGAGGGUAAUGGGUUUGGGAGCGCUGAUUGGAAAAAAUGA